AGCGGAGUCUCAAUCUCAACUGCGCCGGAGCCUAGGGUUCGGCUCUGCUCUAUCGCGACAGCCAUCUCGAACCUCUCGGUGAUCUUAUUUCUGCCUUGGGAUAACAGCCGCCCCAAGUGCACGUCAACGUCGCACGUUCGAUGCAACCAAUAUGCGAAUACCCAUGCGGAUAGCUUCGCUACCCGUCGCCCUCGCCGUCGCCGUCGCCUUCUGCUUGCCGACUGUAGACGGUGCCCGGGUCCGAUCAUCUCAAUACGAAGGCGACAGUCAUCCUGACGCCUCCGGCCAAGUCUUCCCCUUCCUAAAAUGGCUGCGCGACAGUGCCGUCGAGGUCGUCUUCGGCAAGCCGCCUUUCAAAACACAAGGAGCGAGACCGGGUGCGCAACUGCAAUACCGGUACAGGAAUGAUGUUGUAAUUCGGUUCAAUGUCACAACAUCCGAGGAGGAGGACGCGCUGGCGAGGGCUGCGGAACAGAUGUUCCUCGACGUCUGGGCUUUCACGCCCAGUUACGUUGAUGUUCGGCUGGACAAGGACGACGUAUCGGCGCUCCGUACCCUGCUUCCCCGCUCCUUGCAGCCCACGGUCCUAAUCCCGGACCUGGCAGCGGCAGUAUGGGCGACUUACCCUUCGACGUCAAAAAGGUCCCAGUUCGAGUCGAGCAUGGGUGAUGCUGCUAACAUGAGAAUGUCGUUGGACGGGGUGGGGAAUAUUUUCUUCCGCGACUACCAGACUCUGGCGGUUAUCGUGAGCUGGAUGCGCCUUCUUGAGGCCAUGUUCCCGUCGAUUGCUCAAAUGACAAGCGUUGGCAAAUCAUAUGAGGGGAGGGACAUCUUCGCCUUGCGCGUCGGUGCGCGGAGCGAUAAUGGCGAAGCAAAUGGACCUAGGAAGACCAUUCUCAUCACCGGAGGCCUCCAUGGGCGUGAAUGGAUUUCCACGAGCUCUGUGAACUACCUCCUAUGGUCGGUCAUAACCUCGUACGACCGAGAGCCGAUGAUCACCAAGCUCCUCGAGCACUUCGACAUCGUCUUCAUCCCCGUGCUCAACCCGGACGGCUAUGAAUACAGCUGGCAGAGCGACCGUCUGUGGCGCAAGUCGCGGCAGCAGACCAAGAUGCGCUUCUGCCGCGGCCUUGACCUCGACCAUGCCUUCGGGUACGCGUGGGACGCCGCCAAGCACCAGACCGAUCCCUGCUCCGAGAGCUACGGCGGCGAUCAGCCCUUCCAGGCCGUCGAGGCCUCCGAGUUGGCGAAAUGGGCGAAAAACGAGACGCAGCACGGAACCAAGUUUGUGGCGUUCCUCGACCUGCACUCGUACUCGCAGCAGAUCCUCUAUCCAUACGCGUAUACCUGCUCGAUUGAUCCGCCUAAUCGCGAGAACCUCGAGGAGCUUGCUAUGGGGCUGGCGAAGGCCAUCCGGCUCUCGAGCGGGGAGUAUUACACCGUCACGUCAGCGUGCGAAGGCGCCGUUGCUCGGUCUCACAGAGCGGGUGACUCGACCACACGUAUCGAGGCAGGCGGCGGUUCGGCUAUUGAUUGGUUCUACCAUGAGCUUCAUGCGCGGUACAGCUACCAGAUUAAGUUGAGAGACACUGGGAGCUACGGUUUCUUGCUCCCGAGCGAUAACAUCGUCCCGACCGGGGAGGAGAUGCUGAACGCUCUGAAGUACCUUGGCGACUAUCUUCUCGGAAACAACGGGAUCGAGGAGUCUCCCUUUCAGCAGCCGACGGCGCACUGGCAGGAUUUACGGAGACGAAGACGGUAAGGAUGCGUUAUGAACCUGGGAACAAAGUGGUAGGCGUUACUGCGGCGGUUUCGUUAUGUGGGUGAGACUGGUGUUGCGCCCAGUCAAGCGGCGAAUGGCGUUUACAGAGCGAGUGUACUGUACCUUGGUUGCGAGAUGGCUUGACUGACUUAAAUAUGAGACUGGAGUUCAGCAAUCUUGCCUGGGAAAAGCACCUACUGUGCAUAUGGCAUCCCCGGGCAUACAUGGUGGAUAGGUAAGGCAGUCACCAAGCUCUCAACAAUUGACACCGCCCGGGGUGGUUAAACUGGGUGUGCGCGAUUGUUAUGACUACCUAAGUACCAAUCUGCAACGGACCAACGCCUAGAAAAGAGAGAAAAUUGCGGUACGCAAUGAAUCUCGUCUUUACACUUUCAUCCCAGUCAAAAGAUGGAAGGGGAUGAUGGACUUG